AUGGCGCACACGGCGACGACCGGCAGCUCGUACAACAACAACUCUUACUACUACUGCUACGACUGUGGAUAUUACAUCCCAUCGGGCUACUACUGCACCCACUCCUACUAUGGCAACAACUAUGCCAACACCGUCAGCAACGUAAACAACAGCAGCCACGGGGUCGUGCUCGUUAACCGGAGACACCGGUCGAGCCGCAGUCCAAGACACACCACUCGUUAUACAGUUACAACUCGUUACUAUGUUUAA